AUGCCCGCGAAACACAUGCCCCCAGCCUCAGUGUCCCCAUACUCGUGCCUAGGAUGUCGCGAGGCAAAGAGAAAAUGCGAUCGUCUUCAUCCCGAGUGCACGCUCUGCACACAAAAGAAUAUCCCAUGUUCGUAUCCCCAUCGUCGGAAACGGAGGGAAUUACGAAACUCGUCAGAGGCGGCGUCGCCCGCUGCCGGGAGCAGUGUAGCCAGUCCAGAGUCAUCCUUGGCCAGACGCCCAGUGCCAGUGGUGUCGGCAACCGCAGCGAAUUUGUUGGCGGAGCGGUUCAUGGAUCCGGAGCUGUUUGCGUUUGCGCAGCUUGAGCUUCCCGGUUUGGAAGUAGAGUCCCUUGUGACGGACGAUGUGGAGGCCUUGGUUGGAGAUGUGCAGGAUAUACAGGCCACCGCUCAAUUUUUCUUUGAGACGGUGCACACCUGGAUGCCCAUCGUCUCCAAGGUGGGCUUCUCGCAAUCUCUUAUCAGGAGAAUGACACACCAGCGGGCCGAGUUCUUCCUGCUGGUCUUGUCAAUGAAGCUGUGCAGUUCGCGUGUGACGAAUGCCAGGACGAAUCUUUACCGGACGGCUCGACAGCUCCAUGCCGACAUGGAGCGAUCCGGAACCCUGAGCCUUCUGGUGCUGCAAGCUGGUAUCCUCAUCGCGCUGUAUGAGAUGGGUCACGGGCUGUACCCCGACGCCUACCUUUCUGUCGCGCAGUGUGCUCGAUACGGUACCGCGCUCGGGGUCGACAAGACGAUUGUCUCGAGGGACCUGGCCGCAACCAAGGUGCCAGACUUGGAAGAAGCCCGUCGGGUGUGGUGGUCCAUCUUGGUUCUCGACAGAUUCAUGAAUCUGUGCGACCCGAUGCGCCACCUUGUGACGGCAGACCCCGAUUCAACCAGCUACCUGCCCAUUGAUGACGAGGAAUGGGACUCUGGACCUCCGCCUCGGCCGGUUUGCGCGCUUCGCCCAAGCCGCGCACCUCCUGAGCCAGGUGCUGCACCAAGUCGCCGACAGGUCGAGCGAUACGACGCAGCUGAGACGGACCAUCUUCUCGCUGGUGAAUGUCUCCAGAAUCGAGGCCGACAUGAGACAGUUGGAGCUCUUGGCAUCCUGCUUCUCGACCACCCGACGCUGUUACCCCCGGGGCAUCAACAGCACGGCGCGGGCGACCUGUCGAGCGAAACCUCGUCGAUUCUGCAAGCCGCUUUAAACAUGUCGCUACACUUCUCCGACGCCCACAUGACGAGAUUGUGCGAUUUCAUGUCACCGUUCUUAUUGUAUCUCAUGUACAAGGUAUCCGCUGUCUGCAUGAAGCGCAGCUUGGGCCGGGACUCGGAGUCGUUGGAUGCCAGGAAUGCACAGGCGGUGCGCCUUUCGCUCGGGUAUUUGAGCCGUCGGUGGCUGGCUGCUGGUGAGCACGGGGAACGAGAGGUCACCGAGUGA